UUGUACCUUGUCGUCCUCGAUUUUGUCGAUUUGUGGUUGUCUUGUCUAGACUUCGUUCGUCUGAUAUCUACCUUUUCCAAUGGCUGCCUCAAUCCCUUCCCGCUCUUGUUAUAACUGUGGGUCUCCGCACCACUUUAUGAGGGAGUGUCCGCAUCGGGGCGUUGCUCCUUGGCCUCCGGCUACGGGCGCUAACGCAAUAACGACCGGUCCUCCGGUCGCGACACCACCGGUGCCGACUUAUCAGAGCACGACUAAUUAUCCGGUUAAUUAUCAGAAUCAACCACGGACGGGGUUUUGGAAAACCAACCAAGAGAGGUUGGACAAGUGUUACGCGAAGAUCAUUGCGGAUGAGGAACAUGCUACUAAGAAGAAAGAGGAGGAAGAACGACUGAACAAGUUGAAGGAAGAAGAAGAGAGGAAGAAAGAAUGGAAGGAAGAACGCGAGAAGUUUGAAGCCGAGAUGGUAGCCCGAUUGGAGAAACAUAUGGAGUCCAUAUGUGGUACUAAGGGAAAGGCAGAGGCGGCGGGUGGUGACAAGAUGAAUGAAGAACUGUCUCAGCUCAGAAAGGAGAAUGAGAACCUGCAUAGCCGAUUAGCUGGUGAAGGCCCGUCGAGCGGUGAGGACAAGCUAGCCUCUCUGCAACGAGAGUUGAUGGAGCUGAAGCGCCAGGUGUCAGAUAAGCGAUGUGGAGAUGAUGAGGUGUUUGCGCUUGAAAACGGAAUUCGGCAUGUUGAGAGGAAGGCGAUUGACGAAGCGGUGAUGUGGAAGAACGAAGCUCUCCGGCCAGGCAACAAGAGAGGGAGCGUGGCCGUUAGUACUCCGGAUGUAUCCUUUCGAGGUACUCCUAAACCAAGAUGGAGGGAUAACAUUCGGGAGGCGGACAAAUGGAAGGAGGAGUACAGGAAGCUGCAAGAAAUGCAUAGGAUAGCGAAUUUGGAGGCUGAUAUGUUGAAAGAAAGACGGGCAAAAGCGGAGAUGGAGCUGAAGAUGCUGCAGGAGAAGAUGAGUGAAUUGCAGGCCGAUGGAGAUGAGCCGGACUUGCAGGGAACCAAUCUGAAGGAGAGAAUGGAUGAAGCGGCGCGAAGGUCGAUUAGAAAGGGGAAGAAAGCUACUCCAAACCGUGAGACACAAAAGGGGAGCGAACCAGCGGUCAAUCGACGUUUUGCCUUCAUUGAAGAACAGAGGAAACAAUUGGGUGCUUAUAAGAAGUCCAGGCUGGAACCGCUGUGUAAGGAAGCAGGAAUUCGGAUAACUACGGUCAAGCCGGUCAUCGAAGAGCUUGCGGAGUAUCGAGCUAAUCAAGCUUUCGGGAAAUCAAAGGAUGCAAGAGGAGAAUAAUCGGUGCAGGUGUUGGGCGAUCAGGAAGAAACGCACCAGGAGGACGGCGCCGCAAGCUC